CUCUCUUCAUGUUUCGCGACGUUUGAGUUACCAUCGACAUGGAUAGCCCAGCUGAUCUAGAUGCCUUUUUCGCCUUUCAGAAUAGCCAGUUCGCCUUAGACCACGCCCUAGAUGAUGGCAGCUUCGCGGGCUUGUCCGAAGCACUGGCAGCCUCGAAUACGGCGUCUUCUCAAUACAAUGAGACCUGGAUGGUGGAUCCGUCGCUUUUGGAUAUUUCGAACUAUUCAACAGCCUCGUCGUCACCUUUCACGCCAAGCGCAUCGAUAUCAAGGCCUAAGCUUGGCAGCCGCUUCUCCAGAGAAGUCAUCCGCACACUCAAAGACUGGCUCACUGUUCAUCAAAAGCACCCUUAUCCUAGCGAGGGCGAGAUGAUGGCUCUUCAAGAACGUACGGGAUUGAACAAAGCGCAACUUACGAAUUGGUUUGCGAAUGCCCGUCGACGUGGCAAGGUGCAAAGUGUCCGCCCAACCUCGCCGCAAGUAAACCACUCGCCUACCUCUGCAGUUGAUAUUAUCCCAAGACCUGGAACGCCUGCUGUUAGGAUGGCUUCCAAUCAUAAAGACCCUAUGCAGCGCUGGGUGGAAUCGCCGCCAGAGCAUGAGCCUGCUGCUGUCGGCGACAUUGCGCGUGCGAUGGCUUCUACUUCGCGUGAAGAUGCUGGAGAUUUCGCGUAUCAUCAACCAUGGCAAUCACCUCAUGCCAUGUCUUCGGCAAGCAGUGCGAGGACCUCCCAAUCGAGUGAAUUCUCGGGUCAUUGCUCAUCAGGCUCGCAAACAUCGCUAAAGAUACGCCGCGCACCGCGCAAGAAGAGAGUCACUCGGCGCAGACGUCUUGAUACGGAAAUUGUCACACCCAUCGGCAUGCCGUAUCAAUGCACGUUCUGCACUGAGGUCUUCAAGACUAAGUACGACUGGCAGCGUCACGAGAAGUCGCUCCAUCUGCCGCUUGAGAGAUGGAUAUGCGCACUUCAAGGCCCUCGCACAACCAAGGAGUCGAUUGGAGAGCAAUGCUGCGUCUUCUGCGGUGAGGUACGACCAGAUGACAAGCAUAUCGAAGCGCACCACUACUCGGCAUGCCAGGAAAGGAGCCUGCAAGAACGUACAUUCCACCGAAAAGAUCAUCUCGUUCAGCAUCUGCGCUUGGUGCACGGCGUCGAAUUCUCUGAGUGGUCGAUGGCGCGCUGGAUGUUGCCUAUACCUGAUGUAAAGUCAAGAUGCGGAUUUUGCGGUGCUACCAUGAAGACAUGGUUGGAAAGAACUGAUCAUCUUGCCGACCACUUCAAAUCCGGUGUCACGAUGGCUAGUUGGCAGGGCGAUUGGGGGUUCGACGCGUCUAUCAUACCUUUAGUCGAGACUGCUCUUCCUCCUGAUCUCAUCGAUUGGGAAAGAGGCACUCUUAUUCCCAUGAAGGGUAGCGAUCCAUCAUGGGGUACUCCACCCAAUGCGUACGAACUACUCAAAGUCGAAAUUGAGUUCUUCAUACAGCGAUAUUUCGACAAGCACGGAUACUUGCCAGACAACGACGCGAUGCAGCUAGAAGCAUGUCGCAUCAUCUUCGCAGCCGAGACUUCUUCCGUCAAGCACGGGCCAGACACGGACCACCUCCACGAGGUUUCAUGGCUACGAGACCUGAUGAUGUCAUCACAUGAGCUGACUGAACGCGCAAGAUUUCAGCCUGUUCGAUCUUCCCGCGAGAGCAGACAUUUCCCGCUACGCAUCAACGCCAAGGACCAUCUCUUCGAACAAUGCCCUCUAGAGGCGCAGCUUCGUGGUUUCGUCAGCCAGCGCGUAGCGACUGGCGAGACGCUUGACGAUGCGCAACUGCAUCACGAAGCAUGCCAGAUCGUUCGGCGCAUGGAGCAGGAAUCCAGUACUCCAUCCGACGUCUUCGCUAAUUGGAUAGUCAAAGGCAUCUACUCGGGCACGAAUUGGAUAUCGCGCUUCAAGCAGCGCACUGGAAUCGCCGACAUUGGAAUUACAGACAAUCCGGCAGAUCAUGGCUUGGGCGAGUUAUUAGACCUUUCGUGGUCCGCUUCGCCUCCCAAAGAACCGUCCACAUCCGCUCUCGGAACCGCGAGUCCGUCCAAGCAAACCCACGACUACUUCACUACGCUUCCCUCUUUCUCCGAAGACCCAAUAGUCUCGCCUGGAUCUACCGCGCAGACAGAUAUCCACGGUCGAUUGCGAUCUUUGCUACCCGACGACACCAACUUCUACCGGAUCUUUGACAGCGAUAUGCGGAGAUGGGCGGCAUCGACGCUCUCACCGAAGAACCCGAAUUGCCACGUCCCUUCGGAUGAAGAGAUACAGCACCAAGCACGGUGGAUCAUGUAUGAUGGCGACGACCCGUGGAACCAGACGCCAGCGGAUUUUCCGAACUGGUUGUCGAGGUUUAAGAGGGAGGUUGGGAUUGUGGCGAACGAUGAGGGCGUGAAUCCUGGUGAUUUGGUGAUGUGACUGCAGUGAACUGACGCUGACAUCGAUCAUGUGCUGCCGCCUAGAAGUACUGCGGACUUUUCCCAAAGCUCGUGCCCAAAGAAGAAGGCUUGGGCG